AUGAUGAGAAUUUUCCAGCGAUCUGUUCUGCUCUUAACGGUGGCCACCGUGUUAUUCUCUAUCGUUUCGGUUACAAACUCUAUUCCUUUCAUAUUGUUUCAUGGAAUUGGAGAUAAAUGUUCUGGUGGAGUUAGUAACUUCACGCAACUCCUAAGCAAUCUCUCCGGCUCUCCUGGCUUUUGCUUAGAAAUAGGAAACGGGGAAAUAGACUCAUGGUUAAUGCCACUGAUAGACCAAGCGAGUUUAGCGUGUGAGAAAGUGAAGAAGAUGAAAGAACUUAGUCAGGGUUACAACAUUGUUGCACAGUCUCAAGGAAACUUAGUGGCUAGAGGCCUAAUCGAGUUCUGCGACAAUGCUCCUCCUGUCAUCAACUAUGUCUCCUUAGGAGGACCUCAUGCUGGCAUCGCCGCAAUCCCCAAGUGUUCUUUUGGUCCAAUCUGCGAUAUAGGAGAAGCUAUGAUGAAGUUAGAGGUCUAUAACGACUUUGUUCAAGAUCAUAUUGCUCCUAGUAAUUAUGUCAAGAUCCCUGGUGAAAUGACUAAGUAUUUGAAACACUCUAAGUAUCUGCCAAAGCUUAACAACGAGAGACCUGACGAAAGAAACUCCACUUUCAAAGACCGUUUCGCCAGCUUACACAACUUGGUUCUUGUCAUGUUCCAGAACGACACAACACUGAUCCCUAAAGAAACUGCUUGGUUCGGAUAUUAUACAGAUGAAGGAUUCGAGUCUUUUUUGUCAACUCAACAGACAAAACUAUAUAGAGAAGACUGGAUCGGUCUGAAAGCAUUGGAUGAUGUCGGAAAAGUAAAGUUUGUGAGCGUCUCAGGGGACCACCUCAGUAUAACGGACGAGGACGUUGAGAAAUACGUUGUGCCUUACUUGAAGGCUUGAUGCAUACAAGUUUGUAAAUUCUUCAAACAUGUGACUAUCAAACUAAUACUUUGAAAUUUGAAA